AUGAGAUGCUCGAUCACUAAUUUCGGUCUUGCUAUAGUGGAGGUGUGUAUGAAGGCUCAGAGUAGCACGGCCUCCAACAGAGUGGAAAAGUCCGUUCGCACAUGGAUGAUGUCGGACCUCGCCUCUGUCAUACCAGGGACUUACCUGGAAGAUUGGAGAACGGUGGGGAGUCUAAGGGAUGUUGUAGAGUCUGUCUAUGUAUCAGAGACAUCAUAUCCUGUCAGCUCUGUCGACUUGACCAACUCGUCCAUCAACAUUCACGUCUACACCCCAAACACAUCGGAGCCGGAGGAACUCACGAGCGCUGGAGCCGAUGAAGGGCAAACUAUCAAUGCCGCCACCGUGUGCCUAAUGCCAAGCGCGUCCGUCGAAGGAUUAUGGCAAAGUCUGUAUUAUGGAGAUGAUGUCAAAAGCCGUCUUUUGAACUACAUAUAUGCUACUAUACGAUUUUCAAGGGCCGGCGUCGACGCGAAUGUGGUGUCCUGGAACCGCGUGCUUCUGUUACAUGGCCCACCUGGGACAGGCAAAACAUCUCUUUGUCGUGCCCUUGCCCAUAAGCUUUCGAUUCGAUUGGGGAAGGAAUACCCGGCAACGCAGCUUAUCGAAAUCAACUCUCACUCCCUGUUCUCUCGCUGGUUUUCCGAAUCCGGUAAAUUAGUUCAAGGCCUUUUCAAUGAAGUAAAGGAAUUGUGUGACGACGAGGACAAUUUUGUCGUUGUUUUGAUAGAUGAGGUAGAAAGUUUGACUGCAGCACGGGCGGGUUCUGUUUCUUCGGGCGAGCCAAUCGAAUCCAUUCGAGUCGUAAAUGCGUUAUUGACACAACUCGAUAAACUGAAACAUCGCAAGAACGUCUUGGUGGUGACAACAUCAAAUUUGAUCGAUUCAAUCGACCCAGCCUUCAGGGACCGGGCAGACAUUAUACAAUAUGUCGGGUUGCCUCCUCAAGACGGUGUCUAUUGGAUUCUGAGGGAUUGUCUGCUAGAGCUCAUAGAGAAAAAACUAAUUGCACCGGUGCCGGUACAGAAACUAUUAGAUCUCCCCGAGUAUCGCCUCAUUACGAAGAUGACCGAGUCUAGAGCGAAAGAGGCGAGCAAUUCCCUGUACAGCCUGGCUGCGAGAUGUAAAGGCAUGUCAGGUCGGACUCUCCGUCGGCUGCCGGUGCUUGCCGCUGCCCAUCAUUUAACUGGGGCAGAUUUUGACCCUCCUCCGCCAGUUGAGGUGUUUUUGGAAGCCAUGGCGAUGGUUGUACAGGAAGGGCUUGCCCACGCCGGUGUUUAG